GCCCCUCCCCCCUCUCUCCUGCCGGCUCCGAAGAGCGGCGAGGCUGAGGCGGCGCCUUCUGGAAGCUUCGCGGCGGGGAUCGUUAGUGCGGGUGGGCCAGGGUGAUCCGUCUCCAUCCGGAGCUCAGAAGCAGCGGGGCGCGGAGGAGUCGCCAUGCCGGAGAACGCGGGGCCCAGAGCUUUCCCGGGCGGCAACGGGGGCCGCAAAAGAGGCGCCUACCAGGACCGGGACAAGCCCGCGCAGAUCCGCUUCAGCAACAUCUCCGCAGGCAAAGCGGUUGCUGAUGCUAUUAGAACAAGCCUUGGACCAAAAGGAAUGGAUAAAAUGAUUCAAGAUGGUAAAGGAGAUGUGAUGAUUACAAAUGAUGGUGCAACUAUUCUGAAACAAAUGCAGGUUCUACAUCCUGCAGCCAAAAUGUUGGUAGAGCUGUCCAAGGCACAAGAUAUUGAAGCUGGUGAUGGCACCACAUCUGUUGUUAUCAUUGCUGGUGCUCUCUUGGAUGCAUGUUCCAGACUUCUUCAGAAGGGAAUUCAUCCCACCAUCAUUUCGGAGUCAUUCCAGAAAGCUUUGGAUAAGAGUAUUGAAGUCUUGACCGACAUGGGACAGCCAGUUGAACUAAGCGACAGAGAAACCUUGCUAAAUAGUGCGACUACUUCACUGAAUUCAAAGGUUGUAUCUCAGUACUCUAGUCUCCUUUCUCCAAUGAGUGUGGAUGCAGUGAUGAAGGUGAUUGAUCCAACUACAGCUAGCGGUGUAGAUCUUAGAGAUGUCAAAAUCGUUAAAAAGCUUGGUGGAACAAUUGAUGAUUGUGAACUGGUUGAAGGACUAGUCCUCACUCAGAAGCUGGCGAAUACUGGUGUAACUAGAGUGGAAAAAGCCAAGAUUGGUCUCAUUCAGUUUUGCCUGUCUGCUCCAAAGACUGAUAUGGACAACCAGAUUGUUGUUUCUGACUAUGCUCAAAUGGAUAGAGUAUUGCGCGAAGAGAGAGCCUACAUUCUAAACUUAGUUAAACAAAUUAAAAAGGCUGGAUGCAAUGUGCUGCUCAUUCAGAAGUCUAUUCUACGGGACGCUCUUAGUGAUCUAGCGCUACAUUUCUUGAACAAAAUGAAGAUCAUGGUGAUUAAAGAUAUUGAAAGAGAAGACAUUGAAUUUAUCUGUAAGACAAUUGGAACCAAGCCAGUUGCUCACAUUGAUCAGUUCAUUGCUGAUACAUUGGGAUCUGCUGAAUUGGCAGAGGAGGUCAACCUAAAUGGUUCCGGGAAGCUAAUAAAGAUUACAGGCUGUACAAGCCCUGGAAAAACUGUUACAAUUGUGGUACGUGGAUCCAACAAACUAGUUAUGGAAGAAGCUGAGCGUUCAAUUCACGAUGCUCUGUGUGUCAUACGUUGUUUAGUAAAAAAAAGAGCUCUAAUUGCGGGAGGUGGAGCACCAGAGAUAGAAUUAGCACUGCGCUUGAAUGAGUAUGCUCGCACUUUGAGUGGUAUGGACUCAUACUGUGUCCGUGCAUAUGGAGAUGCAAUGGAAGUCAUCCCAUCUACACUGGCUGAAAAUGCAGGCCUUAAUCCUAUUUCUACUGUAACAGAGCUGCGAAACAGACAUGCACAAGGAGAGAAAACAGCAGGCAUUAAUAUCAGAAAGGGUGGAAUUUCCAAUAUCCUGGAGGAGUUGGUGGUCCAGCCUCUGUUGGUGUCUCUCAGUGCGCUGACACUAGCUACAGAAACUGUCCGCAGUAUCCUUAAGAUUGAUGAUGUGGUGAACACUCGAUAAGGUGACUAAAGGAAAUGGCAGUACAGGCAAGAGUACCAUGGCGUAGUUUUGGAGUAUGGUUUCUUCACAGAAUCCCUAUGUCAAGCAUUCUGCUAAAACUCACUUAAGUUUAUGUACUUUUAUCAACUUAAUUUAAUAAAAUCUCUGGUUUCAAGAGGCAAA